UGUCAGAUUUCGUGAGGCAACAGUCCCACUGAAUGUGACCGCAGCAGAUGCACACCUCUCGCUCCCUGGAUAACAAGAAGUAGAAAAAACCAUGGCGGAAAUGAAGUCAAACAACAUACUUUCCGAGGACUUCAAAGAUAUCAUCAAUCAUGGUAAAAAUAUUUGGAGAAGGAAACCAUCUAUGAGGGAUUUGCUACUGUGGCUUGUCAUAGUGGGUAUGACGUACCUAAUGCUUGCGUUUUUCAUCACUGGCCGUGUAAAGUUGUCGCAUCCGAAACCAUCUCAAAGAAAGUUCUCCGCACGUAUGCGUGACGAACGAAAUAUCGACUCCAAUGCCCCCGCUAAACUGCCGAUUGUUACUUCCCCAGCAACAACUUCAAAUCCAACGGUCGCCCGAAAAUCCUUUUUCUACAUCCAGUACCCUAAGGCAAGUUACAACGUAUGUGAUCGGCUGGCGAUAUACAUCGAAGUGAGAGACGGUAACAACAAGACGAAGACUAGAGGAGGUGAUUUUAUGUGGCCAUACCUGCAAACAGUCUCACUACGCGCUAGUACCCCGGCAGACAAGGUGAUCGACCAUGGUAAUGGCUCAUACACCGCCCUCUUCACGCUUCACUGGGCGGGGGAAAUCGAGCCAUUUGUACGGUUAGUCCUCAGCUCCGAGGAGGCUUAUUUCGUACGCAGCAUCAGGGACCGAAUACCUUAUAGGUUUGCCUACGACGCUAAGUUCACCGACGGCAAAACCAGCGAAGUGACACCGUGCCACAUUACAAAAGAUAUGUACGUCGAUAAAGCAGCGAAAGGGUUGUUAUUCGUGAAGAAAGCGGAAGUGUGUGAUUUUUCAGAUCCUAGGACAGGUUCAACUUGGUAUUGCCUCAAGCCAAAAUCUCUCUCCUGUUCCCAUCGCAGUAAUCAUCGAGGGAGCCCAGAAAGGGGAAACAGCUACCUUCAACAAGCGUUGCUUCACAAAAAAGUAUCGUUAGCCAAGCCAGAGAUGUUGAAGAACACUGGCAACGUAAGAACGGUCAAAGUGAUGUCUAAAGUGAGUGACUCUGCUUGUCUGGAUUUACCACAUUGCAAUCCUGGUCUUCCACCCAAGCGAGCCGACCACUCCGCCGGAUAUUACUUCAAAGAUUUAUGGAAGUCAAAGGUUUGCCUUGCCAGUGAACUCCAAUUGAAGGAAACUAUCGAGUGCCUUCGAAAUAAGCAUUUGUUUUUCAUCGGUGACUCCACCAUAAGACAGUGGUUCUGGUAUCUUGUCUCACACACUGGACAAACCAUGAAGGAGCAUAUUACAUCGACUGAAGCGGGAGUCAGGCGAGUGUAUGGACACGCUUUUGACAACGCCCACAACAUUACGCUGGAUUUUCGAUUUCAUGACUACCCACUUAUUGGUGACUGGAUUAGUACAAGUGUUAUCUACUCUGCAGUUGACUUGAUUGACAGUCUGCCAGGCGGGAGGGACACAGUGCUAGGAUUUACCAUGUGUGCUCACUUUACAUUCACGAAUCUGACCUAUUAUUUAUCUCGAUUGGAACCCAUUAGAGAUGCCAUUGUACGACUUCAGACGAGAGGCACUGGAAAAGCUACCGUUAUUAUCAAGUCGGCGAACACUGGCACUCUACAGGUAACACCUGUGAACACCGAACUGCUCUGUUACGAUCUUGAUCUAACGAUGAGGGCGUUUUUCAGGGAAGUUCCUAACGUCACCAUUAUUGACGUUUGGGACAUGACUCUAAGCCACAGAGGUGGAUAUAACAUACAUCCCAGUAAAUUGGUCGUCGGAGAAGAAGUCAACUUGUUCCUGAACUUUGUUUGCAGCAAGAGAGCCUAAAAGUUGACCCCUUGUGGCAGGCUUCCUGAACUCUUGGAUAGGAAAAAUAACAUAAGUGUCCAUGUGUGUGUAUAGCACACUUUGACCUUUGGGUAAGAAAUAGCUAAAGGUCAUGUAUGAUUUAUGAAUAUUGUUACGAUCCGAAAAACUCAGAACUAUUUAAUUAUUGAGAAACUUGAAUAUUCUCCGAUGCAACAAAGAAAUCAAACAAGUUCACACUGAUAUGAGGAACAAAUAAACAAAUAUGAUUAGGCCUAAAUGAGAACGUUACACUUAGAAAAUAGUAACAAACAAAAUGUUGUUUGGAACUAGUUUACAUUGAUAAGGAAUAUCUCAUAUAAACAGGAUGUUUUAUCGGGCGAGAACUUGGCAAGGCACUACCGGUGAAGAAUGCUGGACUCCACAGAUGGCGAAAAAGAGUUCAGUUCUUGACGGUGCAAAAAUGAGCUGCAACGGGGACGAAGACCGCGUCCAAUAAGAAUGACCAGGCUCGACACGAAACGGUGAGGGCGUGCUGCCCGUUGCAAAUACGAGACCUGAUGUUAACACAUUUAAACUGGAACUGGAUUCACUUCAAAAACUGUUUUUUCCGGAUCAAAAUUCAGGUCUGUACUUCACUUGGUCUGGCCGAACCUUUCUUACAAGUGUUGCUCCACAAUUCUUCAUGAUGACACCGCAGAGGAAGGACGCCUCUGCACUGAGCUCCGGGUUUUCUGUGUGUUCCCUCCACGGUGUGUAGCUAACGAUACCCAAAGCUACGAGGCAGUAAAAGGAUGGACACUGCUGCGGGUGUUGUUCCUCAUGCACUCCGUAGAUUCGGGAGAGUGAAAAAUGAUAAAACUAAUGCCGUGUGGAUCGGUGGUAACAAGGGGCGUCAGAAACGUCCCAGAGGACAGUUUUAGAGCCUUGGUUAUUGAUUUCAUAGUCAAUCUUGAUGAAAUAAAGUGUUAGAUGCUACUGCCACUUUAGUAUAUCACUGAUCCAAGAGAAACCUUACGGUUAUGGGUCGAGUCACAAUAGUUAAGUCUCUUAUUUUAUCUUUACUUUUUUGAUCUUGUCUUUUCCAGACCCAGCCCCAGACAUAAUUAGGAAUCUAAAUGUUAUGCUGUAUAAAUUUAUUUGGAGGGGGUCGAUAGAAUCGCAAGGAAUCAGAUGAUUCAAGACUAUAAGCAUGGUAGUGUAAAGAUGGUUGAUUUAAGUUUAUCUAUAAAAGCUUUAAAGUGUACAUGGAUUCGUAGAUUCGUGGAUAUUUUUGUUUCAUAAGAUGAGUGAUAUCCAGAAUGUUCUGUCUAUUGAAGGCGGCCAUCUUGGCGUUACUCGCCUUUUUUCAGCGAGCCAGGUAGGCAAACUGUUUUUGGAUUGAUGUUUUAAAAGCUUGGAGUUUUUUUACUCGGUGUCGUAUUUCUUCUCAAGCGAAUGAAGUACUUGUCUAGGUUUUGUGGUAUAACCAUAAUAUUAUGAUGUAUAUUUUAUUAACACUGGGCUAACAAAGGAGUUAAUUUUGAAGGCGAUCGUUUAGACAGUGAGGGUCAUUUUUUAAUCUUAGACGAUUUUAUCAGAAAAUUUGACGUCAAGACAAAUUGUUUGGAGUAUGGGGGAGAUAUCAAUACAGUUAAAAAAUUUUUCGUCGCACACUGUCACACGUCAACUGCAAUGUAUGCUUUCCUUUUAUUCCUUUUAAUUUUAGGUCACUUCUGUUGGAUGAAAAAAGGCUCUACUCGUGUCUACCGUAUUCUGACCUCUGCAACGAAGGUUGUUCAUAGGUUUACUGAUAGAUGGGAAACGAAAUCGGUUUGUAACCUUCCUCGCACGGAAUGGUUGAAUUUAUGUAGCCUACCUUUCUUUUAACGUGUGAUACUAAACUGCGGUGGUUUCAAUAUAGACUAACUCAAAGAAUAUUGGCUGUAGAUUGGUAUUUGCUGAAAAAGGGAAAAGGGACGAUUUGUGUUCUUUUUGUCAAGUUGAAAGUGAAACUUUGUUACAUCUCCUUUGCACUUGCCAGGUCUCCACUUUGUUUUGGAACCUUAUUAGUGAUUGGUUGAAAAAUAUGUUGAAAAUUCAGAUGCAAUUGGAUAACCAAACUAUCCUUUUCGCAACUACUUAUAAUUCCAGGAGUGUACUAAAUUUAAUUCUUUUGCUUGGCCGCUUUCAUAUCUACAAAAUGAAAAUGAAUGGAGGCUUACCUUCGUUUGUACUGUUUAGAGACGAUUUAAAAAGAUAUUAUGCUUAUGAAAAAUUAUGAAAAAAAUUUUUUACCACCAAUGGUAAAAUGGACACUUUCUCCUUGCUAUUUAAUUACCUAUUACAAAUUGACUGCUUGUAUGUUUCUUUUCUUGAUUUUAUGUGACAUGCAAGAGAAAUAUUAAUAAAGGCCCUGAGUGGGAAAAAAG